CCAAGAUGGCGGCGGGCCCCGCCGCCGCCGCCGCCCGCGGCCGCUUCCCCGCUCGGCCCCCGCCCUGGCCUCGGGUUCCACCGGGGCCCCCUCGAGCCCGGACCCCGCUCGGGGGCCCCCCGGGCCCUUCCCGGCCCGACCCCGCGCUCCGGGCGCUCGUUGCCAUCGGCCGCGGCCUCCGCCGCCUGCGGGCGCUGCUCGGGGAGCGCCAGAGGCCCGCCCGGCCGGAGGAAUUCCGGGGGUUCCUCCCCGAGGAGCUGGAGAUGCCCCUCCCCCCACGGCGAUCCCGCAGAGGUCAGUGA